UGACAGAUCUACUGGGGGACACGUUAACUUUUAGUCGCAACAUGGAUAACAAGCUCAGACCAGCAGAUCGUUCUCCUCUGCAGAGACGAGCAGUUUUGACCACUCAAUGGGACUCUCUGGAGUCCAACACAGACAACCUGGCCCAGGAGAGCAAACAGCAUCUACAAAUGCACACUGAUGAAUAUAUGCUGUGUCAAGGGAAGACCUCGGACAUCUUAAAGGGGAAAGACUGGGAGGAUGCAGUUGCAGGUGACACAAAUGAAGAUUUCCUCCUUUCUGAUAGCAUUGAAGUUUCAACACAGCCCCACACGAAGAGGAAACCUGUAAUUGACACCCACAUAAGUCAGCUGGACACCUAUGAUUCCUACUCAGAAUUGUGCUGCAACCCCAACUGGAGGAUCAACAAAGAGGGAGACGCCAUGAACUCUGCCCAGAAGCAACUCUACUCUUCCAGUCCGUUGCAGAAACCAUUCAUAGGAGAAUACAGAUACAUCUCUGACACAAAUUCAGCGGUGGUAUUGACUCCUAAUAUUGCUGGCAAUCAGUGUCAGCCAUACCACCUACACCCCCAAGAUGACUUAGUUAGCUCAAUAAAAACAUUUCACACGCCUUUGGGUGAUAUAUCACCAAAGCGUAGCUUAUCUAGUAUAUCUACUAAAGCCAAUAGUGACAACACUUCCCAUUGGCAGUUCAAAGAGACCCUUCAGAAUAUCUGCCAUUUGGAUGGAAAUGAGAAUUAG